AUGGUCACACCUGUUCUAGAUAUUAAAGAUAUAUUCAUAAAUCAAAAAUAUGUCAAAACAAUUAUUAUCUUUAGUUUAUGUUUACAUCAAAAAUUACAUUUAAACAUGAUUGUUAAUUAUUUAUUUAUCAUUCCCUGUAUUGUCACAUUGGUAACUGUAU